UUUUAUUAUUAUUCGGGGCUUUGCUUUUGGGCAACGCAAGCAAGUUCAGAGUUGAUCAGUUGAACAAAAGGAACCUCUCGCUUUCAGACCGUGAUCACUCACCUUACUUACUCGCUAUAUAUAUAUAUACUACACACACAGAAAGGUAUAAACAUAUACGUACUUGACACGAGUGCAUAACUAAUUCACGGGUAGCGACGAGACGAAAGGAAUUGCACCGGUGCGAGCUUCGUGUGUGUCCACCAUGACGGCGAGUACUCAGCUUGAGGAGAGCAUGAUGAGCUACGAUUCUCCGGCGUGCGGCGGCGUGGCAGAGUCGGUCAUCGAGGACCUCCCCGCGGACGUGCUGUCCCUCGUGCUCCGCCGGCUCGACGGCGCGUCGCUGGCGGCGCUUGGCUGCGCGAGCUCCAGCUUCCACGACCUCGCCACCGACCCCGAGACAUGGCGCGGACUCUGCCUCGCCCUCUGGCCGUCGGUAGCCGGCCUCCUCGACAAUUCCUGCUGCCGCGGCACCGGCGACGGCUUCCACCGGGCGCUCUUCGCCGACGCGUUCCCGUUCCCAGCGACGACGGCGGCGGCCACGGCCACGGUCGCGCCCGCCCUGCCCAGCCGGCUCGUCUCCGCGGUGGACCUGCACCACAAGGGGGUCUGCAUCAUGUCGCGCGUGGUGGAGACCGACGCCUCGUCGGCGUGGUUCCUGGGCUCGCCGUUCCGCGUCGACGCGCUCCUGCAGGAGGGCUUCUCGGCAGCGUCCCCGAUCGCGCCGGCGGAGCUCACGCUGAGCUGGCUGCUGAUCGACCCGACGUCAGGCCGGGCGGUCAACGCCUCCAGCCGGCGCCCGGUGUCCGUUGACCGGAGCUGGCUCACGGGGGAGACGGUGGCGCGGUUCACCGUGGUGCUCGGCGGCGUCGCCCUGGACGCGGCCGUCACGUGCGACGACCGGUUUGGGCACGUCCGGGAGGUCAGCCUGUGCGUGGAGGACGGCGACGGCGGCGGCGUCAGCGGGCGAGACGGGCUGGCCGCCGUCGCCUCGGCCAUGGCCGCCCCGAGGCAGGGCCGGGGCGCGGAGGCGGAGGCACGGGCGGCGCGGCAGUACGGGGAGUUCGUGAAGGGGAAGAGCGCGCGGAAGGAGUGGAAGGCGAGGCGGGAGGGGCUCGUCGACCUCUGUUGCUCCGGCGUCGGAGCGGCGGCGUUCGUCGGGUUCCUGGUGAUGCUCACGUGCCGCUGAGCGCGCGCGCAUCGACUAGUAGAAGGUUUGCUCACACGUGCGACGAAUGUGAAUACGUGUUCGUCCAGUAGGUUACAGAGAGUCGCCGCAACAAUGUAAAUGUACUGUGGCUCAGAGCCAAGAUUUAUCUUCUUUCACAAUAGCUAAAGGUCAGUCGACCUGAAUUUUGAUUU